CCUCAACACGUCCUGCUACCCCACGACGCCAGAUAUUAUUAGUGCAGGGUUUUGGUAUCAAGGGUAAUGGCGGCACGUCGCGCGUGGCUUGAGUAUUUCUUGCGGGCACCCCCGCUCUUUGUAACUGUAAGCACUGCCUCUCGUCUAGGCCGUUGCUUCUCUGGGGUGACCACCAGAUCAUAUCUCAGAGCUCUAGCACUGCUCCAGCCUCUCGCAAACUGCCCUUAUAUCGCUUUUUCCUACUCGAGUGUUCCUAGAAGCACAACAUCUGGCAUCAUGGCGCCCACGAGAUCCAACAGCGCCUCCUCGACGACACACGACUCCCCUCCUUCAUACUCUGCAAGCUCGACAACACCACCCUCACAAAGCGAGAAGCUUUCAUCAAAUCCUUUUGAUCCCCAGCCCGAGUCCAGUACCAAAACCACAGAUUACAAGCCACCAGUCAAAGCCCACAGUCCACUCCCAUACAUUGACGACGGCGGGCUCCCCGAGGUAGUCACGUCGCACCAGUCCGUCGACAUCCGGCCCGAUAUUGAUCCACACAAGAUCCGCGAGCAGCAGAUCUAUCCUCACCAGCGCGACAGCAUCGCUAGUCAGUCGACUGCACUCGGAAGCUUCAGCGCCGCGACAGUUACGCCUCUGCAUCUGCUGGGUGAUCAGCCCGACACGGUCGAUUGCCCGUUCUGCCAGCGCCGCUCGAUAACGCGUGUGAAGAAGAAGCCGUCACUGGCCACCCACGCCGCUGCGACGGGCCUCUUCCUCACCACUAUAGGCGGGACCGUGGUCCCAUACGCGAAGCAGUGGAAGAGCCAUGUGAGCCACUACUGCAACAACUGCAACCGCAAGGUCGCCCAGCGCCGCAACGGCCAGGAUACAAUGCAGCCGCUGGGGACGCCGGAGCACAUGCGCGAGGUGUCGCGGUAUCCAGCAGCAGCGUGAGAAAGCCUCUUCAGUGGCGUCGAGUCGGAGUUAUGUUGAUAAGAACAUUAAGAUGUUUUUCUUUUUGAGCACUGGCAUGCGUUGAUGGGUCCGGGUGUGCUUGCGUGCUGUCUUUAGACAUGAUCGCUGCCAGGAAUUAAAGGCAGGCUAAUAGUCAAGGUCUGUACAC